AGAGAGUGCCUCACGUAGGGAGCACGAGGAGAAGGAGGUGCUUCGCAGGUUGUUUUUUUGUCCAGGAGGCCGACUUUGUCGAGUCGGUGGCGGCCGCAGGCUAGGAAGGAGCGGUGCUACACCUUCGCAGGUUGGCAAAGUGGUUCCAGGCUACCCGGCUAGUCUGGCACUGCCCGGCCUUCUGCCUCCUACUCCGUCGCGUGGCGGCGGGAACUGUUGGCCGCGCGGCCUCAGGAACGGCCCUGGUCCCCGCCCGCAGGUCCCGGGCAGAUAACAUAGAUCAUCAGUAGAAAACUUCCUGAAGUUCAAGAAAAAUUUGAAAGUAGCAAAAUAGAAAAAACAAAGAGAAUUAACAGCAGAUACAAAGGACAGCAUGGAAAUUUUACUCCAUUCGUUCAUUUAACAAAUUUGUUCAACAAACCCUCGUUGAAUACCUUCUCUGUGCCAGAUGUUGUCUUAGGAAACAGAACACAGCAGUGAAAAAGCAGUCAAAAUCUUCCACUCAUAUGCAGCUGCAGCUCAUGAUGUCUUCUGGCUUCAAUGUCUUUAGAGUUGGGAUCUCUUUUGUCAUAAUGUGUAGUUUUUAUAUGCCAACAGUAGACUCUUUACUAGAACUGAGUCCUCAGAAAUAUUUUAGUACAUUGCAACCAGGAAAAGCCUCUUUAGCUUAUUUUUGUCAAGCUGAUUCCCCAAGAACAUCUGUGUUUCUUGAAGAACUGAAUGAGGCUGUUAGACCUUUGCAGGACUAUGGAAUUUCAGUUGCCAAGGUUAAUUGUGUCAAAGAAGAAAUAUCAAGAUACUGUGGAAAAGAAAAGGAUUUGAUGAAAGCAUAUUUAUUCAAGGGCAACGUACUGCUUAGAGAAUUCCCUACUGACACCUUGUUUGAUGUGAAUGCUAUUGUCGCCCAUGUUCUCUUUGCUCUUCUUUUUAAUGAAGUGAAAUAUAUUACCAACCUGGAAGACCUUCAGAACAUAGAAAAUGCUCUGAAAGGAAAAGCAAAUAUUAUAUUCUCAUAUGUAAGAGCCAUUGGAAUACCAGAGCACAGAGCAGUCAUGGAAGCUGCUUUUGUGUAUGGGACUGCAUACCAAUUUGUCUUAACCACGGAAAUUGCCCUUUUGGAAAGUAUUGGCUCUGAGGAUGUGGAAUAUGCACAUCUCUACUUUUUUCAUUGUAAACUAGUCUUGGACUUGACGCAGCAAUGUAGAAGAACACUAAUGGAACAGCCAUUGACUACACUGAACAUUCACCUGUUUAUUAAGACAAUGAAAGCACCUCUGCUGACUGAAGUUGCUGAAGAUCCUCAACAAGUUUCAACUGUUCAUCUCCAGCUAGGCUUACCACUGGUUUUUAUUGUUAGCCAACAGGCUACUUAUGAAGCUGAUAGAAGAACUGCAGAAUGGGUUGCUUGGCGUCUUCUGGGAAAAGCAGGAGUUCUGCUCUUGUUAAGGGACUCUUUGGAAGUGAACAUUCCUCAGCAUGCUAAUGUGGUCUUCAAAAGAGCAGAAAAGGGAGUUCCACUGGAAUUUUUGGUAUUACAUGAUGUUGAUUUAAUAAUAUCUCAUGUGGAACAUAAUAUGCACAUCGAGGAAAUACAAAAAGAUGAAGACGAUGACAUGGAAGGUCCAGAUAUAGAUGUUCAGGAUGAUGAAGUGGCAGAAACUGUUUUCAGAGAUAGGAAGAGAAAAUUACCUUUGGAACUCACAGUGGAACUAACAGAAGAAACAUUUAAUGCAACAGUGAUGGCUUCUGACAGCAUAGUACUCUUCUAUGCUGGUUGGCAAGCGGUAUCCAUGGCAUUUUUGCAAUCCUAUAUUGAUGUGGCAGUUAAACUGAAAGGCACAUCUACUAUGCUUCUUACUAGAAUAAACUGUGCAGAUUGGUCUGAUAUAUGUACUAAGCAAAAUGUUACUGAAUUUCCUAUUGUAAAGAUGUACAAGAAAGGGGAGAACCCAGUAUCUUACGCUGGAAUGUUAGGUACCAAAGAUCUCCUAAAAUUUAUCCAGCUCAAUAGGAUUUCGUAUCCAGUGAAUAUAACAUCGAUUCAAGCAGCAGAAGAAUAUUUAAGUGGGGAAUUAUAUAAAGACCUGAUCUCCUAUUCUAGUGUGUCAGUACUGGGACUAUUUAGUCCAACCAUGACAACAGCAAAAGAAGAUUUUAGUGAAGCAGGAAACUACCUAAAAGGAUAUGUUAUCACUGGAAUUUAUUCUGAAGAAGAUGUUUUGCUACUGUCAAACAAAUAUGCUGCAAGUCUUCCAGCCCUUCUGCUUGCCAGACACACAGAAGGCAAAAUAGAGAGCAUCCCACUAGCUAACACCCAUGCAGAAGACAUAGUUCAAAUAGUAACAGAUGCACUACUGGAAAUGUUUCCAGAAAUCACUGUGGAAAAUCUUCCCAGUUAUUUCAGACUUCAGAAACCAUUAUUGAUUUUGUUCAGUGAUGGCAGCAUAAAUCCUCAAUAUAAAAAAGCAAUAUUGACACUGGUAAAGCAGAAAUACUUGGAUUCACUUACCCCUUGCUGGUUAAAUCUAAAGAAUACUCCAGUGGGGAAAGGAAUCUUGCAGGCAUAUUUUGAUCCUCUGCCUCCCCUUCCUCUUCUUGUUUUGGUGAAUCUGCAUUCAGGUGGCCAAGUAUUUGCAUUUCCUUCAGACCAGGCUAUAAUUGAAGAAAACCUUGUAUUGUGGCUGAAGAAAUUAGAAGCAGGACUAGAAAAUCAUAUCACAAUUUUACCUGCUCAGGAAUGGAAACCUCCUCUUCCAGCUUACGAUUUUCUAAGUAUGAUGGAUGCCGCAACAUCUCAACAUAGCACUAGGAAAAUUCCCCAAUGUAUGAAAGAAACAGAUGUGCAGGAGAAUGAUAAGGAACAACAUGAAGAUAAAUCAGCAGUCAGAAAAGAACCGAUUGAAACUCUGAGAAUAAAGCAUUGGAAUAGAAGUAAUUGGUUUAAAGAAGCAGAAAAAUCAUUUAGGCAUGAUAAAGAGUUAUGAUGCUCAAAGGUGAACUAAUUUUAUAGGGCUGUGGUUUCCAAAAUUUUUUUGGCAUGCUACACUUACUUUAUUUCCUUAAAUAAUAAUACUAAAUCAUUUCAAGUUUGUAGACUAGUGCCGUCCAAUAGAAUUAUAAUACAAGUCUCAUGUUUUAUUUAAAAUUUUCUAGUAACUACAUUAAACAAAGUAAAAGUGAGCAGGGCAAAAUAAUUUUGGUAUUAUUUUUCAUCCAGUAGUAUGCCCAAAAUAGCUAAAUUAAUAUAAAAAUUAUUAAUGAGAUAUUUUACAUCCUUAUUUAUGCCAAGUCUUCAAAAUGCAGUACAUAUUUUAUACUUACUGCAUUUCUUACUUCUGAGUAGCCAUAUUUCAGGUGUUCAUUAGCCAUAUGUGGCCUGUUAGACAAAAACUAGCAUCAUUAACUUAGUUCUAGCCAUGAUUUAUACUUGGAUUAAAAUUAAAAUAUAACUCUGAUCACAGUUAACUCUGCAGUGCAUUCAUGCAACUGGCAGUUAUAUUUGUUUUGUUGUAGUCAUGAUAUUAAAAUCAGUGUUUGUCAACCCGGGGGCAGUUUGGCUCCUCAGGGGAUAUUUAGCAAUGUUGGGAGAUAUUUGUGAUGUCAUGACUAGGGCAGUUAUUGGCAUUUUGUUUUUAGCGAGAGAGGCCAGGGAUGCUGCUAAAUAACCUACAUUGGACAGCCCCCGCCACCCCCAACAAAGAAUUACCCUUCCCAAAAUAUUAGUAGUGCCAAGGCUGAGUAACCUUGGGUUAAAGGUAACCUGUGGCAGAUUAGGUUUCCAGAAUUUCCUGGUUCUGCUGAAGUAUCAUAUUUGAAAAAAUUUUGGCUAUUAAAGAUAUGUAUUAGAUGGUCUUAUCCUGAUUAUUACCUGGAUACAACUUGAUCUUUUCUAAUAUUUUCAUAAAGUGAUGGGAUAACCCUAGAAGAGGACUCAGAAUGAUAUUUGUAUUUUAAGGGAGGCUUAAAAGCUGCUCUUAUUUCUACAACUUAUAUGACUAAAUUUCAGAUUGAACAGGAAUUCAGCAUUCUGCCAUCUCCUCAUGGAAAGAGAGGCUCGCUCAUCUGACGCGUCUCUGCAAUCUACCCUUGCAAGCUUCAGACAAAUCAUUUUGUCUGGGAAAAAAAGUGAGGGAGGGAAAGAUUAGCCAAAGAGUACAUUUUCAUUCCAAAUCACUUAGCUGUGAGACUGAUCUGUUUGUAGCAGUUGUUUGUCUCAUUUUUGCUCUGUGCAUUUUUUGAGACAUUUGUUGAGAGUAUUCUAUUUGGUGCUCUACUGUAUUUUUCAUUUUAGUAUCUACUUGGUAUCUUGUUCUUUAAAUUAUCUUCACGUAUGGUUUGCCUGAUACAACUGAGUUUUAUAACUGAAAUUUAAGGAAUCAAACAGCUAAAAUUCAGUAAGUGCAUGUAUUUCCUUAUAACAUAGACCCUUUGCUACUAUCAGCACCCUCUCCUCAAUUUUUUUCCUGUAGCAUGUGAUGCCUUAUUAAUUCAAUUCAUUUUCAUUUGCUUUUAUUUCUAAUAUGGGAUCUAUGAGAGUGAACUCUAAAUAUGGUUUGUAGUAAUAAAACAUCAUUAGCCUAAUUAUUAGAAAAUGCUAAUUAAGUACCAGCACAUAGAAACAUGAAAUUGCUUAGUCAUUGUACCUUUGUCAGCAAUUUUGACAGUCAUUAAUGUUUGUAAUGAUUUUAAAUAAAGUAUCUGGCUUUCAGACUACCUUCA